UGGGGAUGGUAAGACUACGUAGAUAGAGGAACCUCAUUCUGUCCGUCACCUCCCCGUUAAGGCACCCUCCUCGACCCCGAUGGAGAAUGAAGAGCUGAAGAAGUAGGCGGAGGAGAAGAACUGUUGAACGCCACUUACUACUACUUAUCACUUGAUAGAACCCCAAGUACGUGAACAUGUAGGUACGUACAUACGCACUACGUAGACCAGCACCACGCAUUCCGAGGCAUUUCCUCCUCCUCAUUCUUCAUGCUUAAGCUCGUCUGGGAGUGGAAAAAUGAGACGAAAGAGCGGACGUUGUCGGAGCCGAAUGCCGCUCGUUGGUGGACAAAUCGUUGCGGGAAAAUCGGAUCGAGCGGGGAUUCACGGACGAAGAAGGAAUAGAGGAGUCGAGGCACGAGGGAGGGACGAUUCAUCGAAGAUGGAUAAACCAAGUUUCGACAAUUUGUGAUCGGUGGAUGAUGAGCUCGUGGUGGUGUUGGUGGUAGUAGUAGUGGUGGUGGUGGUGAUGGUGGUGGUGAUGAUUAUGGCCAUCCAGGGUGCUCGAGAGGUGUCGAAGAACCUGAUGAUGAUGAUGACGAUGAUCGCAGUUAAUGGCUGCAUGGAGUAGAGGAAACAUCUUGAGCUAGAGAGCAAUCGUGGGCCAAGAGCAGCCGCGGAUUGAAGUGGUUUGAAGAACAGACACUCUAUGGAUAUCUCGAGAGGUUUCGAGAAGUUUGCUUUCUGAGACAUACAAAAAAGAAGAAGAGACAUCAGCAGCGUCCAAUUGAACGGAUGUCACCAUGCCGUCUCACACCUACAAAGACUCCGAUUGGCGCAGUCAGAACCACUUUGGGAUGAGCAUCAAGUUUUGGCAGCUCUCGCAAGAAGGCGAGUCCUUCUCGGUGGUCUUGCCCGAAACACCUUAUUUGAGGCAGUUCCUACGAUCCCUGAUGAGUCUCAUGAAAACCGAUCUGGACCUUUCCGAGUCGAUAAUGGAGUCAGUGGCCAAUGUCCUGUCCAAGUUCCUGGUGAAGGAAGAGGUCUAUCAAUUAGACGAGUUAGUGGCUGAAGCGGCCAAGAUGCACCAACUCCUAGAUGAAGGCACGAACUGCAUUCUCACUCAAGAAGCCGCUCAGAUGAGUCUUCCAGCCAAAGACGCAAUGGUUGUUGAUCUCUUGGCAGAGCCCACUUCGACCACUUCCAAUAUGAGUUUUCGCUCCUGGAGCCCUCCGGGUGAAAUGUUGAGGCUAAACCCCGCGAUUAAGAGCCUUGAUAAGGGGAUCCAAUGUGAUGUUAUCGGCGAGAAAGAAGUCUCUGGAAGUGACAGUCAUCAACUGGAAAGUGGAAAACUGGAGAAGUCAAUUAAUAGUAAUCACAGGCCAAGGAAACGAGAUCAAAGGACGCAACAAGAGCCCUCAUCCACGUCGUUCCCAUGUCAGUUCAGAGAGUGUGGGGAGAUUUUUGAUUCUCGGAAGAACCUCACGGCUCACGUCAAACGCUCCCAUGGCAAGCUAUUCUGUUCCACGUGUAAAUGCAUCUUUUGGCAGGGCAAAGAGAACCAUCUUUGUAUUCGAGGUAAAGCCCAUGAGUGUAAGGACUGCGGCAAGCGAUUCAAUGGCAGCAAGGAUCUCAAGAACCACACGUACACCCACAGCAAGGAAAAGCCCUACGUGUGUGAUGUGUGUCAGAAAGGUUUCAGUCAACAGGCCACGCUAAGUCGACACAAGAUGGCUGUUCAUGUGGGUGAAAAGCGAUUCGAAUGUGAUAAAUGUGAUAAGAAGUUCUCGCUCAAGCAAUAUCUGGACAAGCACCUCCGCAAGCAUAGCGGGGAAAAGCCUUUUGUAUGUGAUCAUUGUGGCCUGGCCUUCAGUCAAAAUGGCAACUUGAGGAAGCAUGCUCGACUCAUUCACAGAGAGGAGCUCAACUUUGUGUGCGACACGUGUGGGGACUCAUUUGUUCAGCUCUCCUAUUUGGAGAGGCACAAGAAAAUGGCCAACCAUUAACGAACGGCAAUGUUCAACUUGAAAUACACAUAUACGUCUCUUGGUCAACACUUGAGUGGUGCAGAUUUUGUUCAAGGACGGCAUUAAGAAAUUGGAAGAAAUG